AUGCCCGACUUUGUGGAUUCAGUUUUCGACGUUUCUAGCACAGUUUUCCAAACGUCGAGGAACUUGAUAUUCAAGUCUUAUGAUCAUAUAAGAAACAUCUGGAUGGAUAGUACGCCACCUCCUACGCCGGCCCAGCACUCGAUCAUUCGUACAUCCAUCAAUCAGGUCUCACGUUUAGACCUCAAAACAAUCUUUCUUGCAACUGUGCUAGGUGGAAUAGGAACUUAUCGGUGCCUACAACAUUCGAAAACCCAGCGCAGGGCACGGCUGCUCCCUAGCGGAAGACGAUUUGAAGUUGUUGUAAUCGUUGGAUCUCCCACGUCAGUAGUUGUUCAAAAGCUUGUCAACGAUCUCAAUAGGAGGGGGUAUAUCGUAUAUGUUACAGUGACCAAUGAGCUAGAGGUCAAAGCCAUCGAGAGUGAACGCGAUGCAGACAUAAAACCUCUGCUUUUGAAUUACGAUUCGGCUUUGACCAUUAGAACUAGUUUGCUGCGACUGGCAUCUAUUCUCGAGACGCCCGAGCUUAAUCAUACUGGGGAUGACUCUAGCUCUUGUUUUCUUCAUUUCAAGGGCGCCUUGAUCAUCGCUGAUUAUUUCAAAUAUCCUAAGUACUCAAAGCUUGCUGAAAUUGAGCCCCGUGAUUUCAACGCAAUGAUUCAAAACCAAUUCUUGAAAAUAAAUGCUCUUCUCCAGAAUGGAUUGAUAACAGCUCUACAGGAAAGUAACAACAGAAGAAAUGAAAUUGAGAAAUACAAUGGUGUGAACAUUUCGGAAUGCCCUUCCAAACUUAUAUUCGUUAACUUUUUCCCCAUAUCCACUAAAGAGAAAAGGCGGCUCUUUUUAAACUUCACAUUGGACAUCAACAACUUACUUUUUGAAUAUACUUAUAAGGAGAAUCUCAAAAAUUACUGUGGUAUACCAUAUAUCCUUCACAACAAGAACUCUGAUUACAUCGACAUCGCAAAACUUCAAGUUGAUUUUCAUCAGGAUGAAGAAUCUAAGCUGUUAUCCAGCGGCAUCAACAUACUAAAUAUACGCAAUAUGUUCUCUGGCAUCAGGAACAAAAAGCUUACUUCCAGAAAGUUUCAUCAUCAGGUAUUUGAUUUAUUAAAUACGAAUUAUUUGAAGAAAGUAUACACCAUUAAUGCUUAG